AUGGAGCUGGAUGAGUGUUUGGAGCGGUUGUACCGGGGCCAGUUGCUGCCGGAAGUGACAGUGCAGGCGCUAUGCUUCAAGCUGAAGGAGUUGCUGGUGCGGGAGUCCAAUGUGAUACACAUCCGGACGCCUGUGACUGUGGUUGGGGACAUGCAUGGGCAGUUCCACGACAUGCUGGAAAUAUUCGAGAUAGGCGGGAGGGUGCCCGACACCAACUACCUUUUCCUAGGUGAUUAUGUGGACCGUGGGCUGUACAGCGUAGAGACGAUGAUGCUGCUCGUGGUUUUGAAGCUGCGGUAUCCGAGCCGGAUACACCUGCUGCGCGGAAACCACGAGUCCCGGCAGAUCACGCAGAGCUACGGGUUCUACACGGAGUGUCUUAACAAGUACGGCGGUAGUCCCAAAGUGUGGCAGUACAUCACUGAUCUCUUCGAUUACUUGGUGCUGUGCUGUAUUAUAGACGACGAAAUAUUCUGCGUGCACGGCGGGCUGUCACCAAACGUACAGACUAUCGACCAGAUUAGAAUUAUAGACAGAUUUAGGGAGAUCCCGCACGAUGGCGCAAUGGCCGACCUUGUAUGGUCCGAUCCCGAGGACGAUGAGAAGAUUCUGGACAAGAGCCCCUCGGACCUCGAUUACUACACUGCACACUUAUCAUCAUCACAGCACUUCCAGGUGUCUCCAAGAGGUGCAGGUUACACCUUUGGACGCAGCGUGGUAGAAAAGUUCCUGCACUCUAACAAUAUGUCAAGAAUAUACAGAGCUCACCAGCUGUGCAACGAAGGAUACCAGGUGUAUUUCAAUGGAUUGGUGACUACUGUGUGGUCAGCACCAAAUUACUGUUACAGGUGUGGCAACAAAGCCUCUAUCUUAGAACUCUACAGCAAGGAUAACUUCUACUUUAACGUCUUCGAAGAAGCACCCGAGAACAAACAGCUCAAUGAGAACGCUAAUCAAAUUAUAAACACUAAGGCUAUCCAGGACUACUUCGGCUCGAGUUCCAACCUUGAAAGCGAACCUACCCAAGUCGACUUAUUUUCGGAUGAAUACCAGGCAAAAUAUGCAAUGUCGAGGCACGUUGAGUAUUUUUUAUGA